GCCUACCUCUGACUGAGCCACAGUGAUUUUGUAUUUAGACAUUUUUAAGACAGGUUGCGUCAGGUAAAACUUCCCAUGAUUGAGCGUGCUGUUUUUUUCUGUCUCAUUUAAGUCUAAGCUGAUACACUCAGUAAGACUUGUCUCGGGAACCUGCUGAGUGCGCUCCCUGGAUGCUUUGGGUGAACAGGUGGCGCGAGCUCCGGUUUCCUUAAUUUGCUAUUAAGGGCGAGACGCAAGCAGAGCGGAGUUAACGCACUUUACCGGACCUUAAGCAUUUAAUACCUGGCUCUAAGCUGGGCAAGGGACGAAUUGCCUAGGUCCCCCUCCCUUGUUUAUAAGGAGGGACGUUUGACAAGGGAGCUGUGAUGCCAGUUGCAGACAGCGACAUGGUAGUGGACAACAGCCACGCGCUAUACGAGGGGAAAACCCCGAAUAACAACAUCGGGAAUGACAACAUAACUUCAGCUUCACUGAGCAGCCCUGCCGCGGACAUCCUCAAGAACUUUUACCACACAAAACGGGUCGGGAACUAUCUGAUCGGGCGGAAGCUUGGAGAAGGAUCGUUCGCCAAAGUUCGAGAGGGUCUCCACGCCAUGACAGGGGAGAAGGUGGCAGUGAAGGUGAUCGACAAGCGAAAGGCCAAGAAGGACUCAUAUGUGACCAAGAACCUACGGAGGGAAGGCCACAUCCAGCAGAUGAUCCGCCAUCCCAACAUCACACAACUUCUGGACAUCCUGGAGACGGAGAACAGCUACUACCUGGUGAUGGAGCUGUGUCCCGGCGGGAACCUCAUGAACCGAAUCUAUGACAAGAAACGCCUGGAUGAGAGGGAGACUCAGAAAUACAUCCGGCAGUUGGUGCUGGCUGUUGAGCAUCUGCACCGGGCUGGCGUUGUGCACAGGGAUCUGAAGAUAGAAAACCUCCUGUUGGAUGAGCAAGACAACAUUAAGCUCAUAGAUUUUGGCCUCAGUAACUGUGCCGGCAUCUUGGGAUACUCAGAUCCAUUCAGCACCCAAUGUGGAAGUCCUGCCUAUGCCGCUCCAGAGCUCCUCUCGAGGAAGAAGUACGGGCCGAAGGUGGACGUCUGGUCCAUUGGUGUGAACAUGUACGCGAUGUUGACUGGGACUCUCCCGUUCACCGUGGAGCCCUUCAGUCUCCGAGCCCUGCACCAGAAAAUGGUAGACAAAGAGAUGAACCCUCUACCUCCCUCCCUUUCCACAGCUGCCAUCUGUCUACUGAAGAAGCUUCUAGAGCCAGAUCCAAACAAGCGUCCCAAUAUCCACCAGGUUAUGGCCGACUCUUGGCUGCAGCUUGCCAACAAGAACACGGGAGCACCGUACCUCAACAGGAUCCACAUUGAGGAAAUAAACCACACUGUGUUGCUGCAUAUGACGGAAAAGAUGGGCUACAAGCACAGCGAGGUGCUGAGUGCCGUUCUCACCAACCGUGCCUGCCAUACUCUGGCUGUCUACUUCCUCCUCAACAAGAAAAUGAAGAGACUCUCCAAAGAGUACAGGGAGAUGCAGUUCCAGGAGAAGAAGAAAGGUGAAAAGCAGAAGAAUGAAUACUUCCAGACGCAGUGGAGGAAACAUGUGGACAAGCUCACCAUUCCCCCCAAACAGACGCCCGUCUACUUGGCAGUCAGCAAGGGGCCGAGCAAGGAGAAGAAGCACCGAACAGGUCUGUUAAGAGCUAUUACUGGAGGCCAUCGUAAUUCACCUCUUGCACCACCUGGUACCGUUGCUUCCUCCUCGAUGGAAUACCUGGAGAUUCAUCCCCUCUUUCCCAACACCCCCCAGCAGCGAAGGCGCUUGGCCACUCUCCCACAAGUCAACACAAGCCCAGAGCACAACAUUCCUGCUCCACCGGCACCAUCACCGAUUGGCAUGCAUUCCUUCGGCUCCCUAUCCAAGGCCGAGCAAAUUGAAGACACUCCUGCUUCCCCAUGGUACAAGCUAACUAACGGUACUCUUUCCCCGCCCCGUCACGUCUCUGCCUUCCAGCCUGACUCCUCUUACCUAAAGAAGGCUACGAUACCCAGUCCUCCUGUCCUCAUUGUCAACCCUCAGCCCAAGAAAAGCAUCUCCUCGGACUGGUGCGGUUCUUCUGACACAAGCGGUAGCCCCCCCAGCACUGUUGGUAGCCCCCCAGGGAGCUCAGCUUUCAGCCCUCCAAAGUCUGCCUUUAGUCCCCUAAACCCCACCUCAGCUUUUAGUCCUCCUUCAAACAACAGCAGCAGCAGUGAUCCUGAAAGCCCAACACAUCGUAGCAAGUUCCCAUCAAUGGGAAUCGGACAGAUCUUAAAGAAGAAGGUCCAACUGCAGCCGUUCAGCUUCCGGCCAGAACAGGUAGUUGAAGAGGUGGUGUCGCCGCCUCCUUACCCCAUGCAGACUCUCCUCUGUGCUUCAGGUGCACUCAAGACCCUCUGCUGAGGGAUACAGAACAAAAGAAAAUGAAAGAAAGACUCAAGGAUCUUUUCAACAAUGUUGGAGAGGUCUUCCAGAGUGGCCUUUAGAACUGUGAACUGUCCCUUUAUUGCAACUGAGCCACUUUUCACGAUGGACUUGAGCAUUUAGGAGGAAAAAGAAGUCAAACAAAAAGAGGUUGUAGAAUAAAAUAUCUCGUGUUACCGCACUCAUUGUGUAAUAAGAGGUGAUGACAAUGAGACAAAGAGAUUUGAAACAGAUCCCAGAGCGAUUACUUACCCUCACUGUGUCCUAGAUACAGAGUGGACAUGGGACAUCAUGUAACAUGGGCCUUGCCAACAAUGUGUAAAAACUCACACGCACACACAAAACACUGUAUAAUAGAAACUCUUAUGUAAUAUUGCUGUAACUGGUUACUAAUUGAGCCGCAGACUGAUUCACACCAGCUAACAGACCCAAACCCUGACCCUGACUACAUGUUUAAAUGUUUUUGUCUCUGUAGAAAACUUGUAAGAAACUCACUGACUUCCAGCCAGCCGGCACUGUAUCCUCAAUGCUGACUGGACGAAGAAGCGCACUGCACUAUUCUGAAAAACCAAAACCUAUAGUAAAUCAGUGUUUACCAUCUUUUACCUCACUGCAUUAUUCAUACUUUCAUGUAGAACAGCAAUCCAUUGCGAUAUGCUUGUGUGGAUUUUGCCACAGUGUAGCAAAGUGUGAGUGUUAGAAAUCAACACACUGACUUAGACGUAGGUACCAAGAAUUGAGUCAUACUCUCACUUUUAUAGAGUUCUCAUAAAACACCACUCAAUACUGGAGGAAAUUCACAGCUAUAACUUUUAUACACAAGUGUUACAUCACUUAUGACCCACGGGGAAAAUGUAAAAGUCUUUCUUAGGGAGGAUAUGCCUGUUUAUUGUCAGUUUUGAAAAAAAAAGAAAAAAAUGAAGAUUAAAAAUAAAGCAUCGAAAGCCUUAUGAAACUGAUCAACCUCGCCAAUCGCUGAGGGCAAGAAGGUGCAAGAAGUGCUACCAGGAUCAUGCAACACCUAUGAAUAUAAUUCACUUCCUUUUGUCUUAAUGCUGUAGUUUGUGCAAUAGUCUUAAAUGUUAACUGCAAUGACGAGUUUUUGCCAAGAGCUCUCAGAGAGUGAUGUGAAAAUUGUGCUUGUAAAUAACAAUACGACUCCUGUGUUACUGUCAUGUAUGCCGUCCUGUACAAAGGCAUUCUCAAAUGUUUGUCCUACGGAUAUUUUACAUGUUUAAUGGCAUCAUUAAACUAUCUGACUACAGGCACCAACAGGUACAGGCUUCUCACUGUUAAGAAACCAUUCAAUCUUUUCCUGUCCAAAUGAAAAAGUUGCAUGCAAUGUUUCACGAGUCUAAAUUGUACUGUGAAUAUUUGAAAUUUUACGUCUUUGUACCUUUUUCUGGUUGAUACUGAGAUUGAUACAGACUCGGGGGGGUCUUUUGUAAGAUUUUGUA